AUGAAGUUUCGAACUCCACGCCAAGUGGGACUGACUUUGGGGGGACGACGCAUUAGAGGGAGGUACACCAGUCUGAGCGCUUACGACUUAUAUAGUAGCGUUUGUUAUGAUCGACCCUGGGUAGUAUCGCACCUGUAUGCGUCAAGUAAACUUUUUUCCAACUGCAACUCCGCUGAUAGUAAAGGGUCUCCAUUAUUGUCAACCUUCCUAAACGAGGAAGAGUUGCAGGUGGUACGGAGCAAGAGAAUCUCGUUUUGCAAAAAAUUUGAGGAUAGGGUGAACGUUGUGUUGAAGCCAGUGGAACCGAGCAGUGCUCCUUCCAUUGGGGAGUCUACCUCAUGUGUGCAUGCCACGGAUGGAGGUACCAGUAGUGGUCAUGGCCAAACGCAGUUCCUCCCCCUGGAGAGGUACCACCAAUUGGCAAAGCACAAGCACAGUUACGUGUACGACUUCGAGAUCACGAACAUUGGUAAACUCAGCGAGUAUGAGCCCGGAGAGCUAGUCAAUGUAUACUUCCACAACGGAGAAGAACUAGGAAUAGGAAUACUGAAUAGAAAAAGUAACCUAGUGAUUCGGAUUAUUGAGAGAGAUAUCCGAAAAAGCAUGAACGAUCAUUUUUUUCUUACGAAAUUGUACGAGAGUGUAAAAAGAAGAUUUCAUUACAUGUACAGAGAUGUACACUUGUGUAAAUGGAUGUAUUCUUUACGGGUUCGAAAGGGGAUCGAUGUAUACUGUAAAAUGGUUAACUCCACCAGUGACGGCUUGCCUGGACUGGUCGUCUACUUCCUAGGAAAUGACAUCUACAUUAGAUACGAUAAUCUAGCUAUACAAAAAUUCAGGUGCAUAAUUGAAAAAGAAUUAGAUGCCAUUUUCUCACCCAAAAAUAUUUUCUGUAAAAGGAUUGUAAGCAAAAAGGAGAAGAGAGCUCAGCAAGGGAAAGAAUAUACAUUCGAAACGAUUAAGGGAGAACCCUGCGAUAUUCAACACCGAGAAAAUGGACUUACCUUUUACAAUAACAUGUCAGACACAGUGUAUGCUCCUUUUCACGUUGAGAAUAAAAAAGAUCGCCUCUUCCUCCGUUCCAUCUGUAACGGUGCAAACAUUUUAUGUGUGAAUGGAAACAUCGGAGAAUACAUCAUUAGCUGUGCAUCUGUUGCGGAGGAUGCCACUAAUUCGGGAGAUGCACCUGGGGUAUCCAUCCUCCUGUCGGAGUGCGCCAAGAAUGCGAAUUACGUUGAUCAGAACAUUAGGCGGAAUGGUUGUGAGAAUGUCAUGUGCCUCUAUCGGGAAGACAUUCUAGACGAGCUCAAUAACAUGCAUAUGAACAACCUCAGAUUUGACUUAAUCAUUUUCAACAUAAAAAGUAACAUCGUUUUUAGAAGUAGCUCUUACACGAGCCUAUAUGGGAAGAGGUACACGGCCUCCUUCAAGGGGGUGCACAAACAGUUGAUUUACCUCUCAGAGCUGAUGCAAGAGGGUGGUCUCCUAUUCGUGACAGUAGAACUCUCGGCACGGGACUACCACCAAUUCCUAAAUAUUGUGAAAUGUGUGUUUGAACGAAGGAAGCGUAGUCUCUCCAUUGUGUACGAAAAUGCCUGCAGUGUGGAGGAUAGCAUUCUCUGCAACGACCAAACGACCUGGUACUUGCGGUCAGUGUGUUUUAGACUUGGAUGUCCCUAA